UUUAUUUGAUUUUUUUACACAUCUCCUGGUUUUAUCUUCCAAGAAAUGAUUUUGUUUCGCUAAAAAUUCGUUCAGAAUAUUUUCCAAAUUUGUAAAAAAAAAAAAAAAAAAUAAGACUCAAAAAGUUGGAAGUUGCGACGAACAAGGCGCAGUUAUGUUCAAGGCCCUGGACAGGGUAAGGUAUGAUACCUUACGUCUCAACAAGAAAGAGAAACCCCCACCAUCACCAUUUCAAGUAAAAUCUUUGACAGAUCUCGCCUGUAUAUCUCUGAACUGGUUCCCAAAUCUGCUGGAUGAUGGUGUUGGCAUAUUACCCAUACACCUGGUUCCCAAACUGCUGAAGAUAGCUAUCAACAAUGAUCAGGCUUGGGCUGUUAGUACAAUCAUUGCCAACUGGCCUCUUGAAACACUCAGGUUUGCAGACAUUUUGACAGAAGAAGAAGCAGAAGUGUUUGAGGAAGAUAUGGGAGCUGUGUGCUUCUACGUGUUUGAAGGGAUCACUAGCAGAACCAAAAAUUGUCGUCUCAAAUGUCUCGACUUCACCGAUAUAAAGCUCAAUGGGAUGUUCUGCAAGCUGAUUAUACAAAUAUGGCCUCUCUUGUCUUUGAAGAAAUCCCAGCUGAAACCAAAGAAACUGGCUAAAACUGUUGCUCAAGUUGCAGGUGUGGACCAAAUCAAGCUAACAUAUGAAAUAAUACCCAAAAUCCUAGCAGAAAGGCUUGAACAUGAUGUUAUCAUAACGUCGGACAGAAUUGUUCUUCCUCGAGGUCAGAGAAUGGAGGUAAAGAUAGACGGCGCUCACUUCACAACAAACAACAUGUUCUUCAUGGAUUACAUGAUCAGUAACUGUCUACGUUCCAUUACACCAGUAUUUGUCACAGUGUCAAAUAUUCACAUCAAAUCAGAGCUUGUAGAAGGGGAUGUGAUAACAGAUUCUCUAGCACCAUUCCUUGUUCUCAAAGGUCAAGAUACAGGGUUAUUGGACGGUUUGUCACUGCGGCAACUAGAGGAAGGUAUUCUUCACAUCAUCUCACCAGACAUCAUGAAGUUCACCAAUCUCCAUAGCCUCGAUAUACAGGACUGCAAUCUCUACCUGCAGGAGGGUAUCACACGUAGUCGAACAGUCACGCGAUCUAGACUUUGCAACAUGCUCAGUUCAUUCCAUCAUUUACACCGUCUAGACAUCAGUUUUAACUUUCUUAUUGGUUGUUUAGGCGAGCUGUUGGAUGCGUUAAAAAUGCCGCUGGACUACCUCAGUGUUCGAGGCUGUGAUCUCAACGAGAUGGAUCUCAAUAACUUGGCCAAAUCUAAACACGCACCUCAUUUGAGAGAACUGAAUAUAUCGAAACUGUGCAGUUUCUCAAUAUACGAAAGUGAUAGAAUAGCACCGAUGAGUAUUUUAAGAACAAUGAAACACUUCCCGAAAAUGACGUUGCUAAAUCUGUCACAGAACCAUCUUCCGGACUCAGGAGUUAAAGAGCUGUGUGAGAUUCUAACAAACAAUCUCGUGUGUCUGAAAGGGUUAGAUAUGUCGGGUAACAUUAUGCAGUUUGAAAGCCAACUUGAACUCGCAAAGGCUUGUGCAGAGAUUCCCAAAAUGCAAUGGGUGCGGCUCACGUGCAUGAACAAUGUUCUGAACGAAGGAAUCUUGAUGGAUAAUAAUCAGAUAGGUGCCAUGUAUGAGAAGCUGCUGGAUGUAAUGAAAUCCCGUGGUAGAGAUGACAUUUGCGUGGACGUGGUUCGGUUAUCAGUGGCAAUACUCGUGGACUUGAUUGAUUUCUUGGAGUAAACAUGUGUGCAAUGUAUCAGGAUAUACCAAAGAAAACUGUGUUUAAAGUUGAAGGGAAAUUAUGUGCUGCAUAUAAAGUUCUUGAAGAAGGUUAGUCAGUGUAAAGAGAGAGAAUUAUGUAUUAAAAUGGCAUAUUUAAAGAAAAACGAGAAAGUGCUGUUCGUAUGACAUUCUGAAAAGUUUUGCCAAUGGCGAAUGCUGCAGUAAACAAUGGAUUAUCUUGAAUGUGAUAAAGUUUGCAAAUUUACAUCCUCCAGUAUGGAAUAUAAUUUUGGCUAGAUUACUUCAAAGUUUGGUCAGUUAAAGUCCAAAUUUUUUGGAUAUCUUCACUUUACACAGAAAUUUCUACAAAAUGAUGUACCGGUAUACCAGUAUAUAUUUUUUCUUUCAAAACAGUAUUUUUGCACUUUACAAGGAUAUUUUGUAAAACUCAUCUCAGUAAGUCUGUAUCAGAUGCCAUUUUUACAAAAUAAAAUUAUAACAGAUUUUAAGAUAGUGGAGCACUUAACAACAAUCAAAAAUUUCCAUUAUGAUUAUGUUUUUGCUGUGUGUGAUUUUAGCAUUCACCAGUGUGAACUGAAAGCCGUAUGAGCUACGUUAUGGUAUGAAAAAUGGCAAAAUAUCACGCAAAAAUUAUGCGAUCACAUGGAAAUUAUGUGUUACCAUUAUGUUUUCAAAACUUUAAGAGUGACUCAUUUGUACCAGAAAUGUUGGAAUGUGUAGCUUUAAAGUAGACCUGGUAGAGGACCCAUUAUGAUGCUCGGCAGUUUACAUAUGAUUACAUAUUCUUGUCUGGCAGUUUGCCAUCCUUCAGAGGUAAAUGUUUAGUUGAAUAUAAUAGUGCUCAUGGAUUUUCAUAAAAAUUUGAAGAGUGCAAAAACUACACAAAUGUACAUAAGGGGAGUAUGGUAUUUGUUGCUUGACAUAACAUUUCCACUACCUUAACAGUACCAGAUGUCAAGAGCAAGUGGUGUAUAUAGUGUAAGAUAAAGUAUAAGUCUGCAUUAACAGAACUGUGGUGGUUUGGUGGGAGGUUACUGAUUUUCAUCAACUUUUAAAGUCUGCGACUAAUGGCUUCUCAGCAAAAUUUAAUCAGUAUGACUAUGAAUGUGCUAUAGACUAAGUUAUGGCAAUUAAAAAUUUGCAAGUUUCUGAAUUUUAGACUGUAAACAUUGAUGAAUAAGGGUCAAACAGAUGUUUUGUGGCAGAAUUGUAUUCAGUUGUCACUCCAGCAAGUAGUUUAGUUUCUAAAAUAUAUUCCAACGAUAUUUUGUCAAAAAUUGCAUCUGAAAUGUAUGUCAAAGGUUUCUUUUACAAAAUAUAAUCUCAAACAAAUUCUGAAAGGACUUCAUUUAAAAAAAUGUGAAACAUCAAGGCAUUUUUACAUAGACACAUGAUACAGAGACUUAUAUUUGCUGUUUUAGUCAAACAAACUAAACUAAAUGUCAUUACUUACCUGGCAUUAAUAAUGCAACAAUGGUGAAGAGUGUAGGUGGCCUGUACUUUUUCAGGUAAAACAGAGUGACUGUUGGAUUCCGGAAGAAAAAUAUUUUCUUACAACUUUAGUAAAGUGAUUUUUAAAAAUAAUACUGCUUAAAACUCUCUGGGUCACACUUUUGUCAUUAUUAAAUUUGAAAUUACGACAUUUAUGAUUCAGUUUUCUCAGUGUAAAGAAUUCAAACAUUAAUUUGGAUCCAAACGUUAAUUCUUCGAUGUGUUGUACAUACAUUUGCAGUCAUUCUGAUAUGCAAAUUUAUAAAUAUAUAAUAAUAAAACUUUUCAUCUGUACUCAGUAAUGACACCUACUGUUUGAUCUAUCUCUUCAGUACCAAGGUGUAUACUCAAUUUCUCUUUCAAUUUGUGACAAGUUUGACCAUAUAUUUUUAGCACAGCUGUGAGAAAAUCGACAUCAGGGCUUCGCGUCUGCUUAGUCUGAUCUGGAUCUAUACUGUUUGCUUAUCAGUUGCAUUUCAGAAUGGGGGGGAUAAACAAUUAGUAUGGAUGUGCCCUGAUCUGGAUCCUUGCUGGUCGUAAAGCCCUUACGUUAGUUUUCGCACAUCUGUGCUCUUUCAUUAUUCAUCAUUAUAAAGAACUAAGGAUGAUAAUAGAUCCUUUUUAUUUUUCCAAAUAACCUGUAAAAAAAGCUUUUUUGUUAAAUUUUAUUUUGCUAUUAUAAUUUGGACACCAAACAGUUUAAAAAUUCAAUUUUAACAUUAUUUUGCUGAUAGAUUUUUAUGAAAUUGUCUAAGGCCUAAAAAAAAAAAUUCUUUGUUUCCGGUAACAUGCUCCAAAAAAUUAGGGUAGGUAGGUUGGAAAUUUUUUUUUUUUUUUAUUAAGGGAGACUUUUCAGAAAAUAUUUUUGUGUCAAAAAAUGAAUACAAACAAGGGGGUUAUGCCUUUAGAGCAUCAGUAAGUUAAUUUUUAACAUCACUGAGCAUGUUUAAAGCAUAAAAAGUGCAGUUUUGCAAUUUUUUGUUAAAAAGUUGAAAAAAAUAUUCUCCAAGGGCAUAAAAACAUUUAGGGUCAGGCCAAAAAUUUAGGGUCGGUCUGGAUACCGUAAACAAACAAAUUUUUUUUUACGCCUAAUUAUCUUAUAUAGAGUAAAAGCAACAAAAAUUUUCAUGGACUAGACUUUUAAAGCAGAAAAAGUACAUUUUUGGACACAAAAUUGACAUUGAAUACAUCUUUAAAAUCCAGAAUGAACCUGUUGCCAUUGAGAACUUUAUAACUUAUUGUAAAGAUGUAUAACUUAUAACUGGAUCUUGCAGUAUAUUAUAUUUUACCCAAGUGUUGGGACACCCUUAGUAUUGGGACACCCUCAAAAUUUGCGAAAAUAUUUAUUUUUUUCUAGUCACUAACAUUUGGGAUACAAAUUUCUUUAAUAUUUUUCUGUUCCUGCAAUUUCAGACAGUAUGUAAAGAAAUGAUUGUACCAACAAAAAGCUGAAAAGUUUCAGAUUUAAAUUUCUUGACAAUAUGGUUAUACAUACAUUUUGUUGGUGUAAACCCUUGUAAAAGUGAUCCUAAUAAAAGCAUUUAUGUAUGAUGGUUGUAUAAUAAUGUGCUGGAGACACUUGUUAAUAUUGUUCUUUACAUAACUUUCAAAUAAAACCAGUGUUUCAAAAUAUA